AGAUUCCGAGUCAGCCGCCGUUCGCGGGGCGCCCCCCGAGCCCCGGGCGCCGGCCUCGGGCCGUCCCCGUCCGUUGCCUGAAUCGAGCCCCGCUGGGGCUGGGAGGCCGGGUGUUGUCAGCGCUUUCGGCCGAGGAAGCGGAAGCGCACGGAGGCGAAGGGAUCUGCCCCAGUCCGACUGGGCCGAUGGGGUUCGCGCUCAGAUUGCCUGGUUUCCCAGCUGGCGGUCUUUCUUCCCUCCCCUCUCUUGCUGGGUUGAUCCCCUCCCUGCUCACCGCCCGCUCCCGUUCCGUUCCACCCACUCGCAGGAGGACGCCUUCCUUUCCUGCCACACCUCAUCUCACGUGCCUGUGAGAUCGGCAUCUCCCCCUCGACAUCCUCUGCUGCGCCUCUCCUCUUCCUCGUUCAUGGCUUUUGAAGACCUGGGCCCCUCUGUGCUAGCAAACCUCUCAGCUGGGUGCGAACCAUAAAGAGUCAGGUAGCUUCAGGUGUUUAAGCGGACGACUGUUUGGCCCUCGAGUUAAAAAUUAAGAAAUUUCACUUGAAUGGGGACAAACCCAAGAGACCUAAAGCUAUUUUCCGAGUCAACGUGCUCUAUUUCUGAGUAAGAGGCUUAGUGAUAUGAGAAGGUGUCUUGACAUCUUAGUUUUAUUGUUGCUGUGCUUCCAUAACCUCGCUGUUUUUCCUACACUUGUCCCUUAGCUUUUCCCAUCCCAUCCCUCCAUCACCUCCUUGGGUUAUGGGGGCCCAAAAUUAAAACUGGUAAAAUAACAUAUAAUAGCAGACCUUCCUUCUUUUUUUAAUCUAAGCCAGAACUUCAACAAGUUUAAUGCAGUUUUUCCAUAAAAGUUACCUGUUUCAGUUAUUCUCGGAGUAAUGCAUCAAGGAAAAAGGCAAAAACGGAAUGCACUUAAGAUGAAUAGAAAAUUCUUUAUCUCGCGAAAAAUCUUAAAUUAUUGAAUUCGAGUUAAUUUCCCUUUCUGCAAAAAUGGCCUGUGAUUCUUAUUGGCUAUCCUACUGAGUUGAUUCUGUCUCCAACCAGCUUUUUAUGACAUUAUUGCAUAAAAGGAACAGGAAUAGGCACAUAAAAAUAAAUUAUCUGCCAUUUUUGAUGAUUUGCAAUAGUCACUCAGCAACUUCACAUCUGUAUGCCUUUUAUAACUUUUUAAAACCUUUCCAUGAUUUUUCUUUUAAUGUAUGUCUAGACACCAAGAUUUACCAUCUGAGGAUAUUCUUUUGACUAUAUUGGGCUACACAUCGCUGAAAUAAUAUAAUUAUUAAAUUUUGAUAACAUAAAAUGCAGAUACAAAAUAAUUUAGGCGUUAUAUGUUGUCCCAAAAAGUGGUAUUUCGGUGUCAGUUUUUACUGUUUUGGGGCUUCUGUUUUUGGCCACAUGUGGUCCAUCUUAAUGAUCAAAAUCUUAUUUCAUUAUCGUGGUGAGCAGGAUUGGAUGGUGAGAAAAGGAAAGAUUCCUAUGAGAAGAGCAGGAUGAGCAGAGGGAUUCUAUGCUUGAAGUUGAGUCACUUGAAAAAGAUCUCUUUGAAUGUGGAAGAGAUCUGAGCAGAUGAAAAUAAAAUCAGGAAAAUGCAACAUGGCAGCAGCAAUGGAAACAGAACAGCUGGGUGUUGAGGUAUUUGAAACUGCAGACUGUGAGGAGAAUGUUGAAUCACAGGAUCGGCCUAAAUUGGAGCCGUUUUAUGUUGAGCGGUAUUCCUGGAGUCAGCUUAAAAAGCUGCUUGCUGAUACCAGAAAAUAUCAUGGCUACAUGAUGGCUAAGGCACCACAUGAUUUCAUGUUUGUGAAGAGGAAUGAUCCAGACGGGCCUCAUUCAGACAGAAUCUAUUACCUUGCCAUGUCUGGCGAGAACAGAGAAAAUACACUGUUUUAUUCUGAAAUUCCCAAAACUAUCAGUAGAGCAGCAGUCUUAAUGCUCUCUUGGAAGCCUCUUUUGGAUCUUUUUCAGGCAACACUGGACUAUGGAAUGUAUUCUCGAGAAGAAGAACUAUUAAGAGAAAGAAAACGCAUUGGAACAGUUGGAAUUGCUUCUUACGAUUAUCACCAAGGAAGUGGAACAUUUCUCUUUCAAGCUGGCAGUGGCAUUUAUCACGUAAAAGAUGGAGGGCCACAAGGAUUUACGCAACAACCUUUAAGGCCCAAUUUAGUGGAAACUAGUUGUCCCAACAUACGGAUGGAUCCAAAAUUAUGCCCCGCUGAUCCAGAUUGGAUUGCUUUUAUACAUAGCAAUGAUAUUUGGAUAUCUAACAUCGUAACCAGAGAAGAAAGGAGACUCACUUAUGUGCACAAUGAGCUAACCAACAUGGAAGAAGAUGCCAGAUCAGCUGGAGUUGCUACCUUUGUUCUCCAAGAAGAAUUUGAUAGAUAUUCUGGCUAUUGGUGGUGUCCAAAAACUGAGACAACUCCCAGUGGUGGUAAAAUUCUUAGAAUUCUAUAUGAAGAAAAUGAUGAAUCUGAGGUGGAAAUUAUUCAUGUUACAUCCCCUAUGUUGGAAACAAGGAGGGCAGAUUCAUUCCGUUAUCCUAAAACAGGUACAGCAAAUCCUAAGGUCACUUUUAAGAUGUCAGAAAUAAUGAUCGAUGCUGAAGGAAGGAUUAUAGAUGUCAUAGAUAAGGAACUAAUUCAACCUUUUGAGAUUCUGUUUGAAGGAGUUGAAUAUAUUGCCAGAGCUGGAUGGACUCCUGAGGGAAAAUAUGCCUGGUCCAUCCUACUAGAUCGCUCCCAAACUCGCCUACAGAUAGUGUUGAUCUCACCUGAAUUAUUUAUCCCAGUAGAAGAUGAUGUUAUGGAAAGGCAGAGACUCAUUGAGUCAGUGCCUGACUCUGUGACACCACUAAUUAUCUAUGAAGAAACAACAGACAUCUGGAUAAAUAUCCAUGACAUCUUUCAUGUUUUUCCCCAAAGUCAUGAAGAAGAAAUUGAGUUUAUUUUUGCCUCUGAAUGCAAAACAGGUUUCCGUCAUUUAUACAAAAUCACAUCUAUUUUAAAGGAAAGCAAAUAUAAACGAUCCAGUGGUGGGCUGCCUGCUCCAAGUGAUUUCAAGUGUCCUAUCAAAGAAGAGAUAGCAAUUACCAGUGGUGAAUGGGAAGUUCUUGGCCGGCAUGGAUCUAAUAUCCAAGUUGAUGAAGUCAGAAAGCUGGUAUAUUUUGAAGGCACCAAAGACUCCCCUUUAGAACAUCACCUGUAUGUGGUCAGUUACGUAAAUCCUGGAGAGGUGACAAGGCUGACUGACCGUGGCUAUUCCCAUUCUUGCUGCAUCAGUCAGCAUUGUGACUUCUUUAUAAGUAAGUAUAGUAACCAGAAGAAUCCACACUGUGUGUCCCUUUACAAGCUGUCAAGUCCUGAAGAUGACUCAACUGGCAAAACAAAGGAAUUUUGGGCCACCAUUCUGGAUUCAGCAGGUCCUCUUCCUGACUAUACCCCUCCAGAAAUUUUCUCUUUUGAAAGUACUACUGGAUUUACAUUGUAUGGGAUGCUGUACAAGCCUCAUGAUCUACAGCCUGGAAAGAAAUACCCAACUGUGUUGUUCAUAUAUGGUGGUCCUCAGGUGCAGCUGGUGAAUAAUCGGUUUAAAGGAGUCAAGUAUUUUCGCUUGAACACCCUAGCCUCUCUAGGCUAUGUGGUUGUGGUGAUCGACAACAGGGGGUCCUGCCACCGAGGGCUUAAAUUUGAAGGCGCCUUUAAAUAUAAAAUGGGUCAAAUAGAAAUUGAUGAUCAGGUGGAAGGACUUCAAUAUCUAGCUUCUCGAUAUGAUUUCAUUGACUUAGAUCGUGUGGGCAUCCACGGCUGGUCCUAUGGAGGAUACCUCUCCCUGAUGGCAUUAAUGCAGAGGUCAGAUAUCUUCAGGGUUGCUAUUGCUGGGGCCCCAGUCACUCUGUGGAUCUUCUAUGAUACAGGAUACACGGAACGUUACAUGGGUCAUCCUGACCAGAAUGAACAGGGCUAUUACUUAGGAUCUGUGGCCAUGCAAGCAGAAAAGUUCCCCUCUGAACCAAAUCGUUUACUGCUCUUACAUGGGUUCCUGGAUGAGAAUGUCCAUUUUGCACAUACCAGUAUAUUACUGAGUUUUUUAGUGAGGGCUGGAAAGCCAUAUGACUUACAGAUCUAUCCUCAGGAGAGACACAGCAUAAGAGUUCCUGAGUCUGGAGAACAUUAUGAACUGCAUCUUUUGCACUACCUUCAAGAAAACCUUGGAUCACGUAUUGCUGCUCUAAAAGUGAUAUAAUUUUGGCCUGUGUAGAACUCUGGUAUACACUGGCUGUUUAACCAAAAGAGGAGGUUUAAUCAAUAGAAAACACAGAGUUGAUCAUCACAUUUUGGUACCUGCCACAUAACAUCUAUUCCUGACAGUAAAUGUGGUACCAUGCAGGGGUCUAUGGCUUGUGGUGGUAAUCAUACACCUUAACACUACGUGCUCAAAAUUGAAUGAUGCGUAUUCCUGAGAGACCCAGCAAUACCACAAGAAUUAC